AUGGGCUGCGGUGCUAUUGCUGCUGCUGUUGCAGCUGGUGCUAGUGCAGCAGCUACAGCUGGUAUUGGUGCUGCUGGUGCUGCUGUUGCAGCAGCAUGUGAUGGUGCUGUCGGUGCUGGUGCAGGGGGUCCUAGGGCCAUGUGGUGGAACAACAACACCUCUGGCUUUGUCCUUAGGAGGAUGGCUCAGCUUGUUAGUGAUGGUGGUAGGCCUGACAAAGUCUUCAAGGAUAAGGAUGUUAACCAUGUUGCCAAAGCCCUUAAGGAGUACAGUGAGGAGACACAGCAAGGCAACGAGCUCCUCUCCUCAGCUGUAGGUGGAAAGAGGAAGAGAGGCAACUUCCAUGAGGAUGAGAUGCUUAUGUUGACCAAUAUGUCUAACGUUGUGAACAAUGUUGCCAAUGCUCUUAGGGAGACUGGACCAGCCCAUGUUGAUGCUGACCUCUACCUUGUUGUGAUGGAGAUGCCUAGUUUUAUUGAGGAGGCACUGAUAGUUGCCUACACCUACCUGUUGGACAACAAGGUCCAAGGCAGGGGCUUUGUUGGCAUGAGUAACAGCCAUAGAGACAUUUGGCUCAGGAACUGCCUAGCCAAGAACUACUACAUGUAG